AUGACUCACCCAGCUGCAUUUACCUCUAUCCCCAUCCUUGACUACUCCCAGAUAUCGUCUCCUGACACCAAAACCACAUUUCUUUCCGACCUGCGAAAUGCUCUGGUCAACGUGGGCUUCUUCUACCUGGUCAACGCCCCGAUCGCGACCGGGGUGCGCGACGAGUUGAUCGACAAGACAUUCCAUCUGUUUGAUCUGCCCCUGGAGAAGAAGGUGGAGAUUGAAAUGGUCAACAGUAAACAUUUCCUAGGAUACUCCCGACUUGGAGCAGAGACCACUGCCCGUCAGACCGAUUAUCGGGAGCAGUUCGAUUUUGCAACGGAGUUGCCUCCGCCCCCUCCCGACGCCCCUCUGUACCGCAACAUCCGAGGACCCAAUCAGUGGCCUGAUGAGACAGCCAUCCCGGGCUUCCGUCAUGCCGUAGAGGCAUACCUGGCCGAAAUGAGUCCGAUUGCUGAAGCAUUCAGGAUCCUGAUCGCAGAAGCUCUAGAUCUACCCCCGACCGCGCUGCAGCAAUUCUUCGAAAACCCAACCCAACAGAAGCUCAAACUGAUCAGAUAUCCCCCUCCCGCGGCACCAUCCGAGGGUCAAGGCGUGGGAGCCCACAAGGAUUCCGAGUUUUUGACCUUCCUGCUGCAAGCAACACCGCAUACAGGACUGGAAGUUCAGAACAAAGCCGGCGAGUGGAUCCCCGCACCGCCCAUGCAGGACUCGCUGGUGGUCAAUAUCGGUCGGGCGCUUGAGGCCAUCACGGGCGGGGUGUGCACGGCCACCACUCACCGCGUUAGCUUAGCACCGGGCAAUUUCGUGGAUGCGCAGGGACUGCCGCUCGGAUCCCGGUUUUCCAUCCCCGUGUUCCAGGGGAUGAGCCUGGAUCUGUCGGCGGAGAACAUCUCCCUGGACAUCCCGGCGCAUAUUAGAAAUUUAAUCAAAGAUGACAAAGUGAGGUCGGAUGCAGAGGCGACGUUUAAUCGCAUGUUUCGAGGGAAUGUCGGCGAGGGGACCCUUGUGCACCGGGUCAUGAGUCACCAAGAUGUCGGGCGUCGGUGGUAUCCGGAGUUGUUGGAUUGGGCCUUGGCUGAGUAUGAGAAGUAA